AUGACCACCUUCAAGGUGUCCCAAAAUGUCAUAGAUGAUGGAUAUAUCACGAUUGGUGUAAAACGAAAAUGUGGCAGGCAAGGUAACGCUAUAACCACGAUUGAUAGCGAUGAAGUAUCAACUGAAGCUCGUCGCUUUGCCGAAACACGGUAUCCAUUCCCUUCUUUUUUUGUCAAAUUUAAGGAGGAUAUUAGUGAAAGUAAUGUGAUUAAUGAAUUGAAACGAUAUAAGGAAGUCAAUUAUAAUGUCCAACUGGAAUUCGAGGGUUGCAAAUUAAAAGGUAAACAAGAAUUACUAUUAUUCGUUAAAAACCGCGAAUCUUUCGUUAUCCUUUUUGAAUCGACGAACUGGCCAUCGACAUUAUAUUCCCUUGAUUUCCAGUUAGUGGUGCCUCGUCGUUUACCACCUCAAUUUUCUAUUAUGCUUCGUAACGUUGCUCCUGACAUGGAUACGAGUCAGCUAUUAAUGGAAUUGCAACAAGAUUAUCCGGAUAUAAUCAAUGCAUCUCGCAUAUUCAACAAAGACAAUGGACAAACAACACUCGUUAGAUUGGAUAUUCAAAGUGUUAAAAUCAUAGAUGAAUUACUAAGAAAAAAAUUUGUAUAUUUGUGUCAUACACGCCAUCCGGUGAGUGAAUAUUUAGUCCCUGCUAAAGUGUUAGUGUGUUCAAAAUGUUUUCAACUUGGACACUUCCGUAGCAAUUGUCCUGAACAGCGCAAUAGAUGUAAAAUAUGUGGUUUGGAAUUAGACGAUCUCAAGAAACAUCGCGAAGAAGAUUGUGAUAAUCUGUCAAAAUGUGCCAACGAUUAG